CUUGGUUGGCCCCGAGGCCGAAAAGCUCUCGGCCAAUCUGCACGCCGACACGCGGCGCCAUGGUAACACGAGACCUCCGCAUACUUAUUCCACCUUGAUCGAGCCCGCGGCUGUUGCCGUGGCAACGCUCAUUUCCAGCUCGCUCUGCGUCGGUGCGUGCGUGCGUGCGUGUCGCCGUGGCGCAUCUGGCCUGCGACUCCGUGGACUCCUCGCGUCACCCGGAUGCCAGCUGAGAGCAGCGACUCCGUUUUGCGAGCGCACCCGAAUGCACCGUCUCCUCCCUUCGGCCCCUCGGACCGAUCGUGUGUCGUUCACCCUGUCAUCCAUUAAUGUACCCAUUCAUCCAUUCAUUUGUCCUUCUAUCGAUUCAUCCAUCGAAUCGUUCAUUUAUUCCAAGUAUCCAUCCAUCCAUCCAUUGUCUGUCGCGCUUCUCCUCACGCGGGUCGCGGGCGUGCCGGAGCCUAUCCCAGCCGUCAUCGGGCAGGAGGCGGGGUCCGCCCUGAACUGGUCGCCAGCCAAUCGCAGGGCAUUAUUCCAAGUAUUUUUCAUGAAUCCAUUCAGCCGUCCCCUAAUUUGUUCAUCCGUCUAUCUACCAUCCAUUCAUUUCGAAAUGAUUCGUGCAUCCAUUUAUUGCUGCACCAAUUUCGAUCCGUCCAUCCAUCUCUUCCUCUUCCUCUUCCUCCAUCCUUACUCUCAUCCUUUCAUCAUUCGUCAACGAGUCCGUUCAUCGAACGUUCGAGGUUACAGUUCGCUCUCAGCUCGAGCGCCGUUCGGCACGUUUCCACGGCAACACGGGCCGCAGUCACACGGUGUCACGUGACAUCUGUUUUUCCUCUCUUGUUGUUGACUUUGACUUGUUUCCUUCCUGAAAAGGAAGGAAAACUUUUCUGCGAGCCAUGUGAUAAAGCGACUCGGAACGUACCAUGAUGACAAACCCGUGUUGUGGUGGUGGUGGUGGUGGUGGUGGUUGUGUCUUAUCAGACGUGCGUGUGCGUGCAGGCUGUCUGUUGGUGUGGUCUGAUCAGUGUGUCGUUGUGUGUCCCCUCUUCCUCCUGCGGCCAGUCACGCCGGAGGCGGUGGGCUUCCUGUCGGCGGUGGGCGUCUCCAUCGCGGCGCUGGCGCUCGUCUUCCUCUUCGUCAACAAGAUGCUCUGCUUCUCCAAAGUGGGCGGAGCUCCGUGUCUGGAGCGGCGGCGGCGGCGGCGGUCUCCGGGGGUCCGCCGAGGCCUCGUCGACAGCUCGGGCGUGGACGUCAGCGGUGACCAAUCGUCCUCGGACAACGACAACCAGUUGAUGAAACACUUUGAGAUUUCCGUGUCACGCUCGAAAGGUCGCCGGCCCGCGGCGGCGAGCGGCUGGCCCGAUCACUUUGCCGGCGCGGAUCGAGCGGACGACGGCGCGGAAGACGUUUUCCCGCCAGCCGUCACAGAGGCCACCGGUCAACGUAACCGUCUGGAUGAGACACGGGGGGCGCCGGAGGGACCCCCGCCACGGCAACCACGUUCAUUGGCCGCCGUGGAAGAGAGUCCCGCCCCCUCCGCCGCGAAACCGCCAAUCACGGACCACAACUCGGAGGACCUGGAGGCGGGGUGCGGCCAAACUGCUGACGGUUCCGCCGCAUGGAAACCUCAGGAGCCCCGAAGCCCGAAUGACGUCACCCCCUCGCCCGCCGGCUCCUCCCCCCGGCGACCUCUCUCCAAGUGCUGCGACCUGCUGGUCUCGCUGGAGUACCGAGUGGCGGCCGAGAAGCUGCUGGUCACUGUGGCGUCGGCGCGAGAUCUUCCGGACCGGCGGCGUAGCGGGAUGGACGCCUGGCAGGUCCACGUGGUCCUCCUGCCCAGCAAGAAGCAACGGCACAAGACGUCGCUCAGGCGGCCGGCCGGCGCAGAGGGUCCGGCCGCGCUCGGCUUCGGCCAGACCUUCGCCUUGACGCGCGUGGAGGCCUCCCGCCUCCCGGCGGCGGCGCUCAGGUUCCGUAUGUACGCCCUGGAGGGCAGGAUGUCGCGGCGGCGGAUGAUGGGCGAGAAGGUUCUGCCUCUGGCCGGUGUGGACCGGGCCGGCGGAACCGCAGACAUCCGUCUGGUCCUGGAGCCUCGCCACAACACCAAGAGCGUGGACUCGGAGCUGAGCCUGGCCGGCGACAGCGCGUCAUCAACGCAGUCGCUGACUCACGGCGGCGCUCCUGAGCUCCUGAUGGGCCUCUCCUACAGCGCCACCACCGGGAGGAUGUCGGUGGAGGUCAUCAAGGGGAGCCACUUUAGGAACAUGGCUGCCGACAGACCUCCCGACACGUUCGCCCGACUGACACUGCUGAACUCGGUGGGCCAGGAGAUCUCGCGCUGCGAGACGUCGGUCCGGCGCGCGCAGCCCAACCCGGUGUACAAGGAGACCUUCGCCUUCCAGGUGCCGCUCUUCCAGCUUUCCGACGUCACGCUCAUGGCGUCCGUGUACGGCCGCCGCAGCCUCAAGCGAAAGGAGAUGAUCGGCUGGGCCGCCCUGGGCCAGAACAGCAGCGGCGAGGAGGAGCGCCUCCACUGGCGGGACACGAAGGAUGCGCGCGGCGCGCAAGUGUGCAGGUGGCACGUCCUCCUCGACGCCUGACCCGCACGCACGCGCGCUUUUGCGACUUGACUCCUCGGCGGACCAUUUAGGACACGUGCAAAAGAAAAAACAAUGCAACAAAGGCAUAUGUUUUCAAAACAAAAAGUUGCACAUUUUCCACACAUGAAUUCGAGUUGUACAUCCAUUUUUCCCAUCUUACAGCAAUACAGUUGUAUAUUAUUGAGAAAAAAGUAGUCCGCUUUCAGUUUAAAGUUGUAAUUGUGUCACAACAAAGUAAUAUUUUCAGAUUAAAGUCGUCCUCUUGAAGAAAAAGUGGUCGGUUUUUGAGAAUUUGUAGAUUAGAACGAAAAAAGAUGAAACUUUUUUCUGAUGCAAUUACAAGGGGGGGGAAAAAAUCUCCUUUUUAACAAGAGAAAAUGUACAAGUUUAUUUACGUACUGUUAAAGCUUUUUGAGUAAAAUAGCACCUUGUAUCUACAAAACGAUACGAUUCAGCUAAAAAACUUUUUCUCAGUUACAUACGAUUUCAUACUCCAACAUUUACGACUUUUAUGUAGAAAAAUAAAAAUGCAAGCUUUUACUUUGGAAAUAUACAAAUUUGUAUCGAAAAGAAAUGCAACUCUUGAAAUUGGACACAUUCUCAUAAUAUGAGGACUUACAAAUAUGUAGUGACGCUUGUAAUGUCAUGAGUUUUCCUCAUUGUAUCGUUUUAGUCCGGAAAAUCCACAAUUGUAUCCUGGUAAGGUUUGACUCACGUCGCGUAAUUCUUUUCUUUUGAGUACUCGUUCAAAUCAAAACCCUUUUUCUGCUCAGGAACCAAAACUUUGGACUCCAUAUUGAAUGAACUAUAACGAACCAACUGUUUGGUGACUGCUCUGUUGAUAUUAUUCGUCCUUUUUUUACUCAACAUUUGAAGUGUGAUGUGAAGACGAGCUUUCUUAUAUUUGAUACGAAUGUCACGUGACAUUGUCGACAAGAUGUGCGAAGCAAAAAGGACAAUAAAAAA